GCAGGGCAGGGCAGAGACGAGGAAGGGAGUGUGGAGCAGCAGCGGCGGCAGCAGGAGGAGGAGUCGGUGUCGCCGCCGGAUGCUGAGGAGGCGCCGUGGCCCCCCUGCGCUGCCGGCCGCUCACCUGAGCGGGCAGGAGGAAGGAGGAGGAGCCGGCGAUCGUGCUGCACGGAGCCCAGCGGUCGCGAAGCGGGCGGGAGUGCGGCAGGCGGAGGAUCGGCCUGGCGAGGCCAUGGCGCCGGGCUCCUAGCGGGGCCGGAACCGCGGCAGGAGGCCCGCGUCCCGCCGUGUGCGCCCGGCUGCCGGCGGGGGCAGUCGGCGGCCUCCGCCGCGGCCUAGAAGAGCGGGCGGCCUUAUCCUCAGAGCGCCGGGCGCGGCGCUGCCGGGGCCCACAAGAUGUCCACUCGGACGCCGCUGCCCACCGUCAACGAGAGGGACACGGAGAACCAUACCUCAGUGGAUGGAUACACUGAACCCCACGUCCAGCCUAUCAAGUCGAGUAGCAGACAAAACAUCCCCCGAUGUAGAAAUUCCAUUACGUCUACCAAUGAAGAGCAUCCUCACAUUGGAAACUAUCGCUUACUGAAAACAAUAGGCAAAGGAAAUUUUGCCAAAGUGAAACUGGCAAGGCAUGUGCUUACUGGAAGAGAGGUUGCUGUGAAAAUCAUAGAUAAAACCCAGCUAAAUCCUACUAGUCUGCAGAAGUUGUUUCGUGAAGUACGAAUAAUGAAGAUACUGAAUCAUCCCAAUAUUGUAAAAUUAUUUGAAGUUAUUGAAACUGAAAAGACAUUGUAUUUGGUAAUGGAAUAUGCCAGUGGGGGAGAAGUAUUUGACUACCUAGUUGCACAUGGAAGAAUGAAAGAAAAAGAGGCUCGUGCAAAAUUCAGACAGAUUGUAUCUGCUGUGCAGUACUGUCAUCAGAAAUGCAUAGUUCAUCGUGAUCUCAAGGCAGAAAAUCUUCUACUUGAUGCAGACAUGAACAUUAAAAUUGCAGACUUUGGGUUUAGUAAUGAAUUUACAGUUGGUAAUAAACUGGACACAUUUUGUGGAAGCCCACCUUAUGCUGCUCCUGAGCUUUUCCAAGGGAAGAAAUACGAUGGUCCUGAGGUGGACGUGUGGAGCCUUGGGGUGAUAUUGUACACAUUAGUAAGCGGAUCGCUGCCGUUCGAUGGUCAGAAUCUGAAGGAACUGAGGGAGCGAGUGCUGAGGGGGAAGUACCGCAUUCCGUUCUACAUGUCCACAGACUGUGAAAAUCUACUGAAGAAGCUACUAGUACUCAAUCCAAUAAAGCGAGGCAGCUUGGAGCAAAUUAUGAAGGAUAGGUGGAUGAAUGUUGGCCAUGAAGAAGAAGAACUAAAGCCAUAUACUGAGCCUGAACCUGAUUUUAAUGACACAAAAAGAAUAGACAUCAUGGUCACAAUGGGCUUUUCAAGAGAAGAAAUCCAUGAAUCCUUAGUAAACCAAAAGUACGAUGAAGUCAUGGCUACUUAUCUGCUUCUAGGUAGAAAACCACCUGAAUUUGAAGGAGGUGAAUCCUUGUCCAGCAGCAACCUGGGUCAAAGGUCUCGUCCUAGCAGCGACCUCAACAACAGUUCUGUGCAGUCUCCUGCUCACUUGAAGGUCCAGCGGAGUAUAUCAACUAAUCAGAAACAACGGCGGUUCAGUGAUCAUGUUGGUCCCUCAAUUCCUCCUGCUGUGUCAUACACAAAAAGGGCUCAGGCAAACAGCGUGGAAAGUGAACAGAAAGAAGACUGGGACAAGGAUGUUUCACGCAAACUUAGCAGCACUACAGUGGGAUCCAAAGGGGAGAUGGCUGCAAGUCCACUUGUGGGUCCAGAGAGGAAGAAAUCAAGUGCAGUUACCAGUAACAAUGUAUUUUCUGGUAGUGGAAUGACAAGGAGGAACACUUACGUUUGCGAACGUUCUUCAGAUCGCUAUUCUGCAAUACAGAACGGGAAGGACAACAGCCUAACAGAAAUGUCUGCAAGUAGCACAUCUUCUGCAGGCUCUGCAGUAGCUUCUGCUGUAUCAACGCGGCCUCGACAUCAGAAGUCCAUGUCUGCCUCUGGUCAUCCUAUAAAAGUUACACUGCCAACCAUCAAAGAUGGCACUGAAGCUUACCGACCAAGCAGUGCAACUCAAAGAGUGCCUGCUGCUUCCCCAUCUGCUCAUAGUAUUAGCACUACCACUCCAGACCGAACCCGCUUUCCUCGGGGGAGUUCAAGUCGAAGCACUUUCCAUGGUGAGCAGCUAAGGGAGCGGCGUAAUGCCACUUACAAUGGACCGCCCGCCUCACCAUCCCAUGAAACCGGUGCUUUUGCACAUGCUAGAAGAGGGACAUCAACUGGUAUAAUAAGCAAGAUAACUUCCAAGUUUGUUCGCAGGGAUCCAAGUGAAGGCGAAGCCAGUGGCAGAACUGACACCUCAAGGAGUGCUUCUGGGGAGCCAAAAGACAGAGAGAAAGAGGAUAGCAAAGAUUCAAAGCCACGCUCCUUGCGGUUCACGUGGAGUAUGAAGACCACUAGUUCUAUGGACCCAAACGAUAUGAUGAGAGAGAUUCGGAAAGUGUUAGAUGCUAAUAACUGUGAUUAUGAACAAAAAGAGAGGUUUUUGCUCUUCUGCGUUCACGGCGACGCACGACAAGAUAGCCUCGUCCAGUGGGAGAUGGAAGUCUGCAAACUGCCGCGGUUGUCGCUCAAUGGAGUUCGCUUCAAGAGAAUAUCUGGGACUUCUAUCGCGUUUAAGAACAUUGCCUCCAAGAUAGCAAACGAGCUUAAGCUGUAAAGAGCACCUAAAUUCUUGGGGAUCAGGGAAGAUUCAUACACUUUUGAAUGUACUGGUUACGCCUAACAUGAUUGGCCUGUGAAACUCCCCAUGUAGAGAUUGCCCUUAUUGCAAUAAGGUUAUACAUAGUUAUUCAGAAUUGUAAAGUUAAAUUCAGUAUGACCUAUAUUAAAUAACUGUAGCUAAAGAAGUUGCGUUCACAUGUACAGGUAAGUAUAUAGAGCAUUCUGUUCAUUUUAUGUUCAUAGAGUUGUAUAAUAAAAAAGAUGACUGCUUAAAUCCAGAUCUUGUAUAGUUGUCUAGAUUUCUGCACAGAAAAAAAAACUCUACGUUCGACGCUUUGAGUUGGAAAAGUCCUUCCCCAUCAUUUACGUUUUUGGUGGUUUUUAGAAGUCUUACCUCUGUCAUGCUUUUUUUUUUUUUUUUAAAAAACAAAACCAAACUUGUGUCCUGAGUCAAAUGCACAAAAAUAGCUUUCACAACUGUAGCAUGACCAGUUUUAAUUCUUUACAGAUUGUUCAUGAUUUGAACCAGAAGCCGAUGAACAAUUGGCUUUUGUUUCACACGAGACUGUUCCUGCUUACCUUUUGGCUCUUGUUAUUGGAUGGUGUUUAUGUGGAGAAAAACCAACCAAACCCGACAACAAAACCACCCAUCAACAUGUUUACAGUGUUGGCACUUACAGUUAGAAAACUUCUUCUGCCUUGGGCCAGCUCAGAGCUGUUGGGGGAACAGAAACCAGGCCUAAGUUGGUGUUCUGUCUGCAAAUCACAGCGCUCGCUUCCAUGGCCCAUUAACAAAUGUAGCACCGACAUGGAGAACCGUUAAUUCUUUCAUUUGAAUAUCAUGGUGUAAAAUGUCACUUGUUUGCUGCCUUCAGAAGAAUAUAAAUUCCAUUUUGAUGGAAAUGUAUUAAUAUUGGGACUGUUUAAAUAGCACAAAAUAAUCUGAAGUGUUGACCAGUUGUAUAAGUUAAUAAUACCACCUCAGGAAUUAGCUUGGCUUUUGGAACGUGUGUGUGUGUCCCCCCAAAAAAGAGUACAUGCAAUUCCACAUAAUAUUUUACAGCUAAACAUAACCUUGUUUAUAAUGAUAAAUUGUUGAUUUAUGCUUUUGUGCUUGUACAGUUUGUUCCCAUGUAACCUGUUUGUGUUUAAUAUUUUACCAGAUUUCUUGUAUUUAUUCCACAUCAUUAUGCCUGUAAUGUGCAGCUUUGUAAUUAGGCACUUGCCUACAGAAAAGGAGGGAAAAAAAAAAAGAGAGAAUCCCACAUUUCCCCUUCCCUCCCCCUUCAUAAUUAAUGAUUAUAAACUAUGUAAAACCACUAGUACUGGUACAUUUUAAUACUUGUUAUUUUGUACUGAAUUAACCAUAGAGGUUGGUCGUGCAAUGUUAUUUAAUGUCGUAAUUACUGUAAUAUCAACAUAUGGGCCCCCAUCUGCACACUCCUGUGAAGAAUAGAAAAGUUCAUUAAGAAAUUUGUCACUUUAAAAAAAAAAAAAAAAAAAGAAAUAAAAACUUAAAAAAAAAAAGUUAAAAAAAGCUGUGGUAAACUCUGUAAACCCUAAGUUAGAAGGCUGUAAAGUGUAGUAAAUGUGCCAUUCUCUAAUGGCUUCUUGACCGAGAUGGACUUUACAUACUGUACUGUGAUGUAGCUUUCCUCUGUAACAGUUAUGUUGGGAAAUGGACGUGUAUUGUUGCCUUAGAAAAAGGGUGGUGUGUGGAAAGAAAGAACUUGUAUCCCCUUUUCUUUUCUUUUCUUUUUUUAUCUGAUGUUCAUUGAAACAAAAUCUGAUGCAAGUCAUCUUGAUUCACUGGUGCACUCUAUUAAAACUUACUUGAACAGUUCUCAUACUAAAA